GUCUCAACCAAUGUUCAGAGAUGUUAAACUUGUCUCCAGCAAGUUAUAGGAAUGUUGAUGAUGAGGAGCGGACGGUGAACACCAAGAAGAUAUACUCCAGAAGGCCCUGGUAUGCGCUGCCAAUUGACCCCAUAGAAAUUAUAAAGGAGUCUGGUGGUCCGUACGAUAUUGUAUACGACGAGUAUCCCGACCCCGAAGAAGACCCUGGACAGCCAGAAGUAUCUCGAGACAUAAUCUACACGCCAGUAGAAGACCCGGUGACUCCUAUCCAGGUGGAAGCGCUGGGACAGGUGGAGUCAUCCUCUAACACGGGAUACGAUCAACCCACUGCUGUCACUACUGUUUCGGAGUUCUCUUUCGCCAAUGCUAUUAAUUUAAGAGAAGCAGCAUUGGUGGCGAUUGGCGGUGCUAGCGCGGCUGUGGUCCUUCUGCUCGUGAUGGCGGGAGUGUUUUGUGCGAGGCGUCGUAAGAACAGCCCAAGCCCUGUACCGUCGCCGCCUAUCCUGGUCUACCCUCCCCACGACAUUGCUGCAUCGUGCUAUUUGACAAAGGAGGUGAACUUCUCGCUGCCGACGCUUCGCUCGUCCUCCCUGGGGGAGCUGCGUGACGUCAGCGUUUCCAGCCUCAACAGUGACGUGCUCUGCCCGCCCACCUCUUCACAGUAUCGGUCCAAUUCGUUCACAAACACAACGGACCUUGGCGUUUUGGACCCUUCGCUGUACAAAGCCGAUUGUUUAGUAGAAGACCAGCUGUGGCCAGAGGGGCAUGUUGGGCGCGUAUGGUUCACCCUGAAGUACGAGUCCAGCACCGAGCGACUCCAGGUGCAUAUACUGAAGGCCAAGCACCUCCCCUCCCGCACCCCGGCGCUGGCGAACGCGUGUGACCCCUACAUAAAGAUCCAGCUAAUGCCUGACGAGAGGAGAGUGCUGCAGACUAAACAGAAGAAGAAAACCUGCAACCCGUUCUACGAUGAGGCGUUUGUUUAUCAAAUUCCACCAGGCAAGUUAGAGACAUUGACCCUCAAGCUAUCUGUCCUGGACGUAGGCAGAGUUGGAAAGAACAAGCAACUUAUCGGGCACAUAAUACUGCCGCUAAGCGAACUGGAAGGGAUCGCGCAGGAUGAAGAGCCUCAACUUUACAAAUUGGAUAUUGAAAAGGAAGUACAAGAUCCGACGUCAGACUUAGGUGAAAUUGAAGUAUCUCUGCUUUACAAUGAAAAUCUGCAUCGGCUCACGGUUACGGUUAUAGAAGCACGGAAUCUGAAGCUGGAUCCAACAUCAAGUAAAAAGGAGGUGGUAGUGCGAGUGACCCAGGAACGCGCGUGCCGGGGGGUCCGCGCGCGCAGAACCGCCGCGGUGGACGUGGCAGACGAGGGCUCAGCGCAGGUCGCCGAGUGCUUCCACUUCAGACUGCGACCUGAUGAGUUGCACACCACCAGCGUCACUAUACAGGCCUUGCAACCACACUCCGUAUAUGCCAAAGAUCGCCUAUUAGGCAAGUUCGUGCUAGGAUCCUACAUGUUCGCCAGGGGGCGCGCGUUGCAGCAUUGGAACUCCGCCAUCGCGAGCCCCAUGGAGCAAGUGAAGCAGUGGCACCCCCUCACCAAUUGAACCUUGCAUGCCAAACGUUAAUCCGAUCGCCUUAGAUGUAAGUUUAUAAAGCUAUUCCUCACGUAGACGGAUGGUAUUACUACUUAGAGACCUAUUUAUGCUACGUAUAGAUCAAUGUACAAGUUUUCAAGUACCUAUAUGCAUUUUACAUACAAUUUAUUCAAAUUGGAAAAUUUCUCAGGCGGCAAUUUUUUUUUUAUUCGUUACUAGUUAGCCCAUCGAUAUAAAUCGUUAGAUGGGCCCCUCCUUAUGAAGAACGCUCAAUGUUACAUCAUUACUCAAAGACGUGCACGCACAUCUUAUCUUAGUACGCAACAAGCGCAUGCUGUGAGUGGACUUGGACCUAAAAAAAUAUUUUACUGUUUUUUCUUGUUUAAUCUCUUAAUUAUGCCUUUGUAUUCAUUUUGGAAGUGUAAAAACUGAAGCUGCAACACGAAUAUAGAGAAAGGUGUUACUUUUCAUGCGUAAGUAUUUGCGAAACCAAUAACAAUUCCGCGACGCUUCGGGGCCCAUCUGACGUUUUACGAUCGAUGAGUAAGCCCUUGACUACAAUCUCACAUCAAUGUUAAGUGAUGAUGCAGUCUAAGAUAGAAGCGGGCUCACUUGAUAGGAGGAUGAUGACAAUCCAAUCGGUUUCUACACGACAUCGUUCCGGAACGCUAAAUCGCUUGGCGGUACGUCUUUGCCGGUAGGGUGGUAACUAGCCGCGGCUGAAGCCUCCUUCCAGUCAGACCUGGACUAAUUAAGAAAAUCUCAAUCUACUCAGCCAGAGAAGGAAGAAUAGCUAAAACUAUUCUGUAACGAUGUUUUAUACAACUCGCAAGUCCGAGUUUCGAAUUCAUCUCUAUCUUUCUCUGUUUAACACGAUACUAUAGAAAGAGAAUCUGUCGAUUGCGAAUUAUACAAAACAUCGUUUCAGAAUAGCUCUCAUUGGUUAGUAAUCAAUCUUGAGGGUAGACAGGGCAUUCUUGCACCCAUAAAGUGCAGACCACUGCUAUACACACACUAUACUAUCCUACGUACUCAUGUUAGUUCAUAUUUAUUACUGUUACUAAGGCAAGGGGUUAAAAAACCGAGACCGAGACCGAGAUAAUAUAUUCUUACAUAUUGAAAAACUUGGCCUUAUUAAAUAUUUUAGGCCACAAUACAUGCACGAGGAAUAAAAUUGUAUCAUAAAUGCACCUGUUUAAUGCAUCUCUACCUACUCGUAAAACACUACUAACUGGUAACCACUUCAAUUUAGUUAAAAUUAUGUACAUAAUUAAGCUUCCCUAUGUGUUACCAGUAAAAUAUGCGCUAUUAUUUCUAGCACCGGAAAGUUUCAUUGGAAACCUUAAAACCAUAGCAUUAAAGUGUAUAUUUACAUGCGUCUACGUGAGGAACAAUAUUUGUCGACGUAACGGACAACUAGGUGCUGUAAUUAGCCUUGCUUCCCACUUCAAGCAUGCCUUAAGGCUUCUCUGCUUGUCAGUACUUUACUAUACUUUUAUAUGUUUAUAUAGUCAAAGAGAGGCGACGUAAAAAACCAUCAUACUUUGUAUUAUAAUAAUAUGUAACUACAAUAGUAGCUAGUGACGUUUAAAAGGAGAUGGUCCAAAAUUGUAUGGAGCCCAGGAUCAGUCAUUGUACCCUGGCGGAAAAAUAAGAAAAUAUUUUUUUUAACAAUUUUCUAUCAUACAAAUCUACGAAUUUACUUUAAAUCUUUCGAAAUAAUUAUCAUUUUCUCCCAAGAAAUGCAACAUUAAUAUGAGUUACAAUGGCGGAUUGAUGACUUUUUUUAACGCAAUAGUCGUUUUGACGUUUGCUGUCAAAUGUCAUGUCAUAGUUGCUUUAUGGGCGCCAUUUUGAUAUAACUCAAAAACUUGGGUUUUAAUUGUAUUAUUACAUUUAUUCACUUAUUUAUAUUUUAAAUACCCGGUAUUUUUAAAUUUUAAUGAUACGGGGUACAAGACUGGACCUGAAAUGGACCAUCUCCUUUAUUUACUUGGUUAAAAGUUUACUUUUUAAAUACUUACAUUUAUCGACUGUGUUUAAUAGUACUGGUUUAUUUGAUUAUGGUAACGAUAGAAACUAACUGCAAAGCUCUUAAGACGUUUAAACAGUCAUUUGAAAAUUGUUUGAAAAAAAUGUUUUUAUAAAGCUAGAAUAAUGAUUUUCUUUGUAGUUCUCUAGUUAUUUGUUAUAUAAACUUAGUUGUCCGCUGUUGUCAACGCACAUUCCAAAUACAUUUAAAAAAUAUAUAACAAAUCUAAUUAUUUAUCGACAUUUUACAUUUAUAAAGAUAAUUGUAUAAUAGAUUAACCACUUUUCGCAAUUCUUUAAAUUUAUUAAAUACCUACGACAUGAAAGUGAGAAAUGAAAGUAGCAACUAUUUUAAGUACUUAAUGUUUUAAGCAUAAUUUGUGAAAUCAAAGCCAAUUUAAAUUUUUUUAAAUACAUUUAGUUACCUCUUUAUAGCUAUUUGUUCGCCAUAUUAUGAAGUAAUUUUGAUAUUUGUUUGUAUGGAAUUAGUUUUGUAAUUAAAUAGGCGACAGUUGUUUUCCUUGUAUUAAAAAAUGGUGGAAUUAUUUUCCGGUAGAAGCACACCAACUAAAUGCUAAGAAUUAUCCAAAUGGUUAGAAAACACAAUAGUGGGGUAUAUUGUGGGGUUUUCAGUUUGUACUUUUUGACCGUAUGCUCUUGUAGUAUAAAUUUUUCAUGCAAUAGUGUAAUAGUAAUAGCGCAGUAGCAUAUUUUGUGAUUAUUAUUUUGAACUAUUUUACUGGAAUGUAAUAAAUAAAAAAUAUCUUGAUAAAGUAUCGUUUUCAGAAUUUUCUAAUUACUUCAUAACGCAUAAAUAUUAUAAAAGAUAUUAUCACUAAAAAGCUUUAGUAUAAGAUAGUUUUAUAUUAGACUAUAACACCAAUUUCAAAACACUAAAUUUAAUCAACUUUAUAAUUAUAUCAACCGAUCUCAACAAAAUAUUUCUUAUUAUACUACCAAAUGUCCGCUAUUUCGACUGGGUUCAUUUCCUUUACUUUCAAUUAACUAUUUUCCUACCCACCAUUUUACACGGUAAAAGUCAUAGCUCAUUAGAGCCAUCUUGCACCCGACCAGAAUUGUAUUUCCGUGCAGUUAGUAAUGUUUAAAUGGAUCAUUUAUUUAAUUAAAUUUUUAAAAUCUUCGUUACGUCACAAUACUGACUUUAGCUGACAACAAGCUCAAACAAUCACGAUGUAAGUUAGGUGCCACUAGGCCUAAUAAGUAACAUGCGCACCACUAUAUAUUUAGAGACAAUAUAAAGAAAUAUGUCAGCCAAUAAAUAAAAUAUCGAUCUCUCUUUCGUUGCGAUGGUGAUAAACUUAAAAAUAGGAAAACCUGGUUGAGUUUGUUGAAGGCUCCUAUCGGAACAAGGGUUGUUUGGAACCCUCGUAACUUUAAUUUUAAGUUUACGUCUAAUUAUUAUCACCAUUACAACAUCAGCCGUCUGCGGCGGUGUUGAAUGUUGGUUGAACAAAAUCAUUCAAAACUCUAGAAUGUAUUUCACGACAUAUGUUGUCGCUGGCUGAGCCUACUGGCUGUUAUGAGCUAUAACUUUUGUAUUAGUGAAACUCAUUCAUUUCAAAGAUUAGCGGAUACAGAGAAAUGUUUUUAAAAAUUUGAACAGUGUUUAUGUGAACUUUACUCUUCUCUUAUUCUUUCUUUAUUUCCUUCGUGUAUCUCAUGUAUAUAAGAUCGGUUUCUGCUAUUUUAUCACAUGUAUAGAUUAACAAAUUUAUAAACAUGAUAUCAUAAUACCUCUAAUAUAAACUAUUUAUUAUAACAAUAUAAUACGCAGUAGUAUAAUUUCGAUAUUGAGCAAACAAAGAAAUAAAGGGUGUAACGCCAAAU